AUGGAUACCACCAUGAGUAUAACCAAUGGCUCAAGGAUCCAAGUCACUGAGUUCAUUCUGUUGGGAUUCCCAGGGAUUCAUGAGUGGCAGCACUGGCUCUCUCUGCCACUGACUUUGUUCUACCUCUUAGCACUAGGUGCCAAUAUUCUCAUCUUGAUCACCAUCCACCAUGAGCCUACUCUGCACCAACCCAUGUAUCAAUUCCUCAGUGUCUUGGCUAUAGUGGACAUUGGCCUGUCUACCACCAUCAUUCCCAAGAUCCUGGCCAUCUUCUGGUUAGAUGCCAAAUCCAUAAGCCUCCCUGAAUGCUUCACUCAGAUCUAUGCCAUCCAUGUUUUUAUAACCAUGGAGUCAGGCAUCUUCCUUUGCAUGGCUGUGGAUAGAUAUGUAGCCAUUUGUUAUCCUCUGCAGUACCCCUCUGUAGUUACUGAAGCUUUUGUGAUCAAAGCGAUAACAUCAGUUGUGCUCAGAAAUUGUCUGUUGACCAUUCCAGUACCUGUACUGGCUUCCCAGAGACACUACUGCUCCAGGAAUGAGAUUGAACACUGCCUCUGCUCUAAUUUAGGAGUUACUAGUUUGGCCUGUGAUGACAUCACUAUUAACAGGUUCUACCAGUUGGCCUUGGCCUGGGUGAUGGUUGGAGGUGACAUGUGUCUGGUCUUUGCUUCCUAUGCUUUGAUUCUUCGUUCAGUGCUGAGCCUGAACUCUGCUGAGGCAACAUCAAAGGCCCUGAGUACUUGCAGCUCACACCUCAUCCUCAUCCUCUUUUUCUAUACAGCCAUUGUUGUAGUGUCUGUCACACAUCUGGCAGGGAGAAAGAUUCCUCUCAUUCCUGUUCUCCUCAAUGUGCUGCACAAUGUCAUCCCCCCAGCCCUUAACCCCAUGGUGUAUGCCCUUAGAACCCAAGAGCUCAGAGUGGGCUUCAAGAAGGUGAUUGGUUUGAGUGUUGAUAUAUCCAGGAAGUGA